AUGACCACUGAGGACUACAAGAAACUAGCUCCUUAUAAUGUCAAGCAAAAAUCGGUGGACUUGGAUGAGGAGGAUGUGCCCUUUACUCCAGAUGAGCACAAAAAGAGGACAGAGGCAGCCAACAGCGUCCUGAGACGCACGGCCAGCAAGGAACGUGCCUAUGUCCUCUCGGCGGCCAAGAAAAGCAAUGGCAGCCCAACGCAGGAAUUCCCACCCUUGUUCGCCAAGAGAAUUGAGAUAGAAGAAGAGGAAGGACAACAGAGGAGGAGUCCAACUGUGUCCAGUUUGAGCAGGUUUACACCAGAUGACAACAGUACUAAUGGGCUAAGAAAAACCACUUCUGGGUCUGCCUGGAAUGAGGCAAAGACCACAGCAGCGUCUCCCCCCAGCCCUGAAAUGGGCAGUAAGAGCCAAACAACCCCAGCAUUGAGUGAGGCUUCAGAGAGGAUCUCGGCUUCUGCUGAAAUCAGAAAUGGUAAAAACAGACAGGCCCCAAAUGGGAAAUCCUCAUCUGAAACUGUGUCACAGCACGGCGACGGUGACAAACCCCUGAAGGAAAAGUCUGAGCCGUUCCCAUGGGAUGCAGUGGCCCCCAGAGCAAGCGUGGUUUCCAUGAAUGGAAGUUAUCCUGAACACACAGAAGCCAACAAUGGAUUUUACCCACCAAAGUCCAGCUCUGGAUGCAGGGACGGACCUACAGAUGCUACAGAGAAGCUGCAGCAUCAGUACGAGACCUCCCACUACCUGGGGGAUGUAAGGUCUGAACCCGCAAGGUCAGGGCCUGGUGUUUGUACUCACAGCGCUGCUCACAAAGGGCAGAUCUUGCAGCCUGAUGUCCCUUCUCUUCCUACUGAGAAUGCCCCUGUGCACCUAGAGGACACAGAAUAUUCCUUUAAAAGAUCUGUCCUGGGCUAUAAGGAGAGAAGCUGCACCCAAGAAAGCAGAUACACGAGCCCCGAGGUCCCAGCAUACAGCAAACCUUACUGGAAUGAAGCAACGAUUUCAGACUCAAACAACCAUACUGAGAAGGAGCAAGGACCUCCUGACCAUGAUGUCCACUCAGAGCCUCCUAGGUCAAAGGAACAUACUGAACAUGACUCCAGCAUGACAAGGUCCAGCUCUCUACCCAGGGAAAGCAGCAUCUUUGCUCCAGAGACCCAACGUGCCAAUGAAUCUGACCCAUGCCAGGACAGGAUCACUCCAGCUUAUGAAGAACAUACCCAUCCCACCACAGAGAGCCACCAUGAGAGCCCCGGAGACUGGAGACACACUGAGCCUCACCCAGUGGCAGCCAGGUCUAACUUCAGCUCAAAAGAGAGUGCUCUUGGUGCAUAUGAGACCCAGCAUCCCAUGCCAUCGUACAUGGAUCGCCAGCCUUUCAACACCAGCAUGCCAGCACCCAGUCACAGGAUACCAUCCUACGUAGACAGCCAAGUAUUCAGCACCAGAAGACCUACCCCGGAUUACGAAGGGCGAGUUUACGAUGGGAGAAGCAGCCCCAGGAACAGCAGAUACGACAGCGCUGGUGCCAGGGGGCACUGUGGAUUUAACCCCACAGCCCCACGCCACGACUCCCUUCCCAGAGAAACCACCAUGUCCAUGUACCCAAGAAGCCACAGGGUGCCGUUCUACAUGGACAGCUUAAACUAUAACAGCACCAGGCUUCUCUCCAGCUCGAGCGAGAGGAUCUGCAGUCCGAUUGCCACCCUACUGCACAGCAGCCCCGCGGCCUCUGGGUACCAGCCCGAUUCCAGGACUGCCAUGAAAGGGGUCCUCUUUGUGAAGGAGUAUGUGAACAGCAGUGAGUUUUCGGCUUCCCCCAGCUAUGGCAGUGGCAGCCUUGUGGAUUUGACCGAUUCAGAGAGAGUGACCUACAGCCACCACAGCUACCUGCCCAGUGCUCCCCUGCACAGGGCCAGUGAACCUGUGUGCAGUUACUGCAGCCGUGAGAUCCGAGACUGCCCGAAGAUCAUAAUAGAGCAUCUUAACAUCUGCUGCCAUGAAUACUGCUUCAGGUGUGGAAUUUGCCACAAAGCGAUGGGAGAUCUUCUGGACAGAAUAUUCAUCCACCGGGACAUUGUCCACUGUGACAAGUGCUACGAGAAACUCUUCUAGGGUUUUGCACAGCUGGAGAAGGCAACCAGUGGGAAGUCUUUGGCAGUACGUAUCGGAAUAGAGCUCGCAGUUCCCGACUGGCUAUGACAGCAGAAUUCCUGCUCCCUGCUUUCCUCAACUUAUUUUCCCUCUCGCUGCCUCAUCGCAAUGAAUGAGUUUAACAUCCGCUAGUUUGUGCUGUCAGCUGCACACAGGACAAGUGCCAAUGUUAACAAGAUAAGGCAGUGUCAUCCACAAAGAUAAGUGGGCUGAUUUUCCAAAGGUGCUGAGCCCCUCUGCCUGUCUUUAACUUCAUUACGAUUCCAGAGUGCUCCCUGGCUUGGAAAUCAGGCGGAGCUCCUUAGGUCUCUCUACGCUAAUUCCCAGAAACCUUUUCUGAU